AUGUCGUCUGCUGUUGAUCUUCCCUCGAUCCAGACUAAACUCUGUCCUUAUUCCACUUCCACCGAACCCUCGCGUCCUCGUCGAUCUGUCUCACCUGACCUAACUUCUCCAUCCAUGACGUUCCAAAACAGGUUCUACUCGAGCUCCUCUGCAUCGUCUUAUCUCUCCACUUACAGCUUGUCCUCAGACCGCUCACUGCCCACCUCGCCUGGCCCUGCUACGCCCUGUGACAUGACGAGUCAAUCCCCUUCGUUCUCACACGAAUCGAUCUACAAGCCUUCAUUGUACAACUCGCAGCAUAAACACCCCCUCUUUUCUUCAUAUACUUCUUCUCCAUCCCCUCCUUUGAUUUCUUCUCCUCAGCGAUAUACAACUUCUCUUUCUCCCAUUUCUUCCUUCCGUCAUCGCCCCCACCAAUCUUAUCAUCAUUCUCACCAGCAACAGAAGCGGUAUUCUCAAGCCAGCUGUCAAGAGCGCCCUUUCCCAUCAUCUUCCCGAGACCUUCCAAAUCCAUCUUGCCCUAGAGACAUGCUGCCUAACCGCCCGCUUCAUGGCCAUAGUGAUUAUCGCCUUUCUUACCAUCAUCAUCCACAGCACCAAGGAUACCAACAACGAUUAUCCUACAGCACCAGUGCCAAUAACAGCAGCAACAACCAUCAUCAAAUCGACCACUUUCAAGUAUUAUUGCCCCCUGGAGCUUCCUAUAAUCCUUCAUUAACACACCACACUGCUGCUCGUACCAUGAUAACCACCCUCAAGGAGGAAGAGCAAGAGCCAUCAGUACAUAUGCGAUCUAUUACCCCACCAUGCAUGGCGAGAUCGAGCCAUGAUCACUCUACGGUAUCCUCAGCUGAGGACGACCGAAGCGACUAUUAUCCCUCAAUAUCGCGCUCCCCUUCAUUCUCUCGGGAUUCAUCGCCUACUGUGUCCUCUGAUAGUAUUGGAUCAAUGUCAGAAGCUUCUGCAUCCAUGAUCUCUUUGAUCUCAUCGUCCUCUUCCUCUUCCACUUCCACUCCUAUGGUCCCAAUCUCUACUACCACCCAGUCACUACUGUGCCCCGUCUGCAGCCGUGCCUUCAAGCCUAGCAAGAAUCAAAACUGUAAUUUAAGAAGACACUUGAAGAACGUCCACAACAUGUCGCCUACUAUCCACCCAAGGAAGUGCAAGUGGGACUCUUUACCCGACGGUCGCGUGAAGGAUGAUAAGGACCGAAAAGAGCGUACUCGUAAGAGCAAGCGGCUUUGGGCGCGCAAGUUUCGUCUGCGACGCAAAGUCGAAGAAGCUGCUGUGGUCCUCAGUAUGCUUAGCCAAGCUGUUUAG